UGUGUCGCCAACAUCCUUUAAUUUGAGCUCAGCCGCCGUGGGUUCAACAGUUUUUGGCGUGGGGAACAUUCUCGGUGUCUACAACUAGUCGGGGUGAAGUAAGGAUUUUUCACCUCUUUAGCGAGAUCUCACUCACAUCCUUGAGCUGGAUUGUUAAUCCCAAAAGGCAACUUUGAGGUUUUUCUUUUUCGAUUUCAUUUUUUCGUUCAGAGCAUCUAAAAGAAAAAAAUGGGAGCCACCAUGUCCAAGGGAGAUUUAGCUGUCGAGGGGAAAGCCGCCGCUGCAGACCCUGCGGCAGCCAAAGCCAAUGGCCAGGAGAACGGCCAUGUCAAAACCAAUGGGGACGUGUCAGCCAAGCCUGAUGGGGAAGUGGCUGCUGUAGACGGCAACGGAACAGCCGAGCCAGCCAAGGAAGGAGAGGCCGGCGCCGGAGACGCCAUUGAGCCUGCCCCUGCGACUGAUGGGGAGGCCGCUAAAACCGAGGGCGAGGCCCCCAAGGAAGGCAAGAAGAAAAAGAAGUUCUCUCUGAAGAACUCCUUCAAGUUCAAGGGUAUUUCUCUGAAGAAAAACAAGAAGGGCAGCGAGGAGGCCAAGGAGGAGGCCACCUCCCCCGCAGGCGAGGAGAAGCCUGAGGAGAAUGGCCAUACUGCCAAGGAAACCAAAGAGGAGACGCCAGCUGCCGACGCCAAAGAAGGCGAGGCAGCCGCAGCCCCUGAGGAAGAGGCCAAGGUGGCCGAGGAGGCCCCGGUCACAGAGGCUGCCCCGGUUGAGGAGGCUGCUGCCCCCGCCGCCGCUGCCGCCCCAGCUGAGGACACGACACCUGCGGCCCCCGAGGGUGACGCCAGUGCAGAGUGACUGCAGCCCAGCAACUGAACUAAUUUUCCAAGAUUAAAGUAUAUAAAUAUAUAUAAGAGACUCAUGCCACGUUCUUAAAGUUAUACAACAAAACUACAAAAGAAGAUAAAGGAUAUAUCACGUUUUGCUGAUUCAACCACCACUUCACUUGCCUUUUUAGUAGUUCUUUGACAGACGGAAUCUCACCGGGCCCUCAAAUUGAUGUAAGGCUUGUGUCGCCCCCUCAUGGUACACACAGGGACCAGCAUGUGGAUAAGGUAAUGAACUGGAUGAGGAGCGAAGCAGGAAUACUGACUUUCCCCCCCUCCCCCUAUGUAUGGAGAAGCAUUCUUUUUGACAGCGUGGCAGCCCUAUAACAUGUUUAUUUUCUCUCAUCUUUUUGGGAUCUAACGAUUGCACCGUUGCAAGAACGGGGCAUACCAUCUCCUUCACUCGAAAUGACUGUUAUAUGGACACAUGAAACCUUUCAAAUGAUCUUAUUAAUUUUUUAGAAUUCUACAUUCCUAUGUUUUACCCCCAAAUUUCAAGUAUUUUGUCAUGUAUAGAAAAAAAAAACUACGAGGGGAGGUGGGAGAAGAUCCAUGUCUGUGUGCAUUCUGGUUCUUUUCAGGCUAAAACCCCAUUCAAGCUUCUGGAGAAUUGCAGCGUUCACAUUUCAGAAUUUAUGAUGCAGGGGUUGGGAUUGUGUACAAAAUGUGAGCUUUUUAUCUGCAAACUUUCUCUGUAAAUAUGUUUUGGCCAAUGUUUUUGAUUCUUUUUAUUUUGCUAUCGUUUGAAGAUGUUCGUUUUAUUGUAACUUUUAAUAAGGGUAAAUAAAUGUUUGAUCCCCUC